UUCGCAGCAGUGACCACCGCAGCUUUACGCACAGCUCAAGUACAAAUCUGGCACACUUCGCGUUUAAUUUGCGAUUUAUUGGUAAGUGUUGAUGCUUAAAGACUGUCAUGGAGGUUAAUAGUACUCUGUCAAAACGCAACUUAGACCUGCGCUUCUUGGCGCAGAAACUUCUCUCUUCGGCGAACCGGUCCCAGACAUUUCUGGACAACGAAACAGAGAGCAUAUCCGAGGAAGAUUUGGACGUGAAUACAGACAUCUAUUCUAAAGUUUUGGUCACUGUGAUUUACGUGGUGUUGUUUUUAAUUGGGUGCUUGGGAAACUCGAUCACCCUUUACACACUUCUCACCAAGAAAUCUCUCCAAAACCUCCAGAGCACGGUGCACUAUCACCUGGCGAGCCUGGCCAUAUCCGACCUGCUCAUCCUGGUCCUUUGCAUGCCUAUUGAGUUAUACAACUUCAUCUGGGUGCACCACCCGUGGGCUUUUGGGGAGGCUGUAUGUAAAGGCUACUACUUUCUCCGGGACGGCUGCUCGUAUGCGACGGCGUUCAACAUCGCCAGCCUGAGCGUGGAGCGCUUUAUGGCCAUCUGUCACCCGUUCAAGGCGAAGAGCAUCAUGUCGCGGAGCCGCACCAAGAAACUCAUCAGCGCCAUGUGGAUCGCCUCAUUUUUCCUCGCCACUCCGAUGCUCUUCACUAUGGGACAGCAACUGAUGAACGAUGAAUAUAUAUGCACCACCAUCGUAUCCUCGAUAACUGCUAAAACCGUCCUACAGGUGAAUGCUUUCCUGUCAUUUGUGGUCCCCAUGGCAUUGAUCUCAGCAUUAAAUGGAGUCAUAGCCAGUCAGCUGCUGCGCAUGUUUCGAGAAUCUGCUCAGGACAAUCGCGUCUGUAUUAUCGGAGGCAAUGCUACCAUGCUCAGUGUCGCUGUUGAGCCCAACCGUGCCCAGUCAAUGCGCCAUGGAGUCAUGGUUCUGCGGGCCGUGGUCAUUGCUUUUGUGGUGUGCUGGCUGCCCUACCAUGCCCGGAGACUAAUGUACUGCUAUGUCACUGAAUGGACAACUGCUCUCUAUGAUUUCUACCACUACUUCUACAUGGUCACCAAUGUGCUCUUCUAUGUCAGCUCGGCUAUCAACCCCAUCCUCUACAACCUCGUCUCAGCAAACUACAGGCAAAUUUUUUUUUCCACGCUUCGCUACCUAAUCCUGCCAUGCCGCCAUAAGAAGCAGAAGCGCGGUCUUACCAGACACUCUAUCAGCAUCUGCAGCAACCAGACCUUCUCCACCAAUGUCAUCAAAGAAACCAUUUACUGAACGCUGUCAAGAUUCAGUCAUUCCAUUCCACGAUUUCACCCAACCAAGGAGAGACCGAUGAGGCGAAGCAUGCUUUCAUAUUGAGUUAUUAUUACAAGAUUUGUUUUUUAUGUUUGUGCUACUGAAUCAACAUACUGAGCUAUUAAGCAUUGCAGAGUUGACACCAGAGGCACUUAGGUAUUUAUGAGAGGAAAUGUAGCACAGAAUAUGCACAGAAAUCUAUGUACAAUGUACAGAAAGAAUGUAAGUACAAAAAAAUGUAAAUCCAUCAUUUCACAUUCAAAAAAACUAAAUAUAAUAAUGCUGUACAGCUAAAAGAGUGAAAAGAGAAAAAAAUAAUUGAGGGGGAAAAGCAAAAAGACUUCAGACAGUUGCUGUUGUGUACACAGAAUCUUUAUAUCCAGCUUAUGUAAUUUGCUAAGAGUGGAAUGACUGUGAACACAAGGACGUUCUCUUUUAUGAUUUUAUUUCAUUCAAUGGCGCACACCAGGGACUUUCAAAGCAGAGGUUGCUAUGUUGUCAAAGAAGUGACUCUUGCUCACAAUGCGCAGAGAAAUUGUCGCUAUUCCAUCGCCUUAGCAACAGUCUACACACAAAAAAGCGCUCUUGUGUGCAAAUGGGGAAAAAUGCUCUACGGGAUGACGAGCAUAACUGAUUCAUUCAAUCUAAAGCAGCUACAUUUAAACACUGCCAUGUUCUGCAGUUUGCAGAGAGAGAAAAGAGAGUCCUCAGAUAGCAUUAACAUUCAUUUGAGGGAAAAGUGCCUCUUUUCUCUUCACAGAACUUAUGGGGUAAGAUUAUGAUAGAUACACUUCAUGUUGCUUGCACAAUACUAUGUUAUGACCUCAAAAUACUAUUGCCUACAAAUAUUUCUGUC